GAAUUAAGUCAAGUCGAAAAGGAAAUUCUAUCAUUAUUCCCCACCAUUACGUCAUGUUUGGAUAAACGGUUUAUAGAUUCUUCAUCAAAUGUACUUGAUCACGAAUGUUCUUCACACCAACAGGAGCUCCGUUCACGUGAAGAGGAGCUGACGCGAGCAGCCCUUCAGCAGAAGUCUCAUGAAGAGCUGUUGAAGAGGAGGGAACAGCAGCUGGCUGAGCGGGAAAUUAAUGUGCUUGAGCGUGAGCUCAACAUCCUCAUAUUCCAACUCAACAAGGACAAGCCCAAUGUUAAGAAACGAAAGGGCAAGUUCAAACGCAGCCGCCUCAAGCUCAAAGAUGGCAACCGCAUCAGCUUACCCUCAGAUUUUCAGCAUAAAAUCACAGUUCAGGCCUCUCCGACUAUGGACAAGAGAAGAAGCCUCAACAGCACCAACUCCAGCCCUCCCAGCAGCCCUACACUGAUCCCUCGCCUCAGAGCCAUUCAGUGUAAGUACCUACUGUUUUACACGUUGAUAUUUUAGUUUACCACAGUUUUUCAAUUUCUUUUGAGAUUUUGGGAUAAAAAAAACAAACAUAUUGCUGUUUGCAAGUAGGUUUAGAUAUUAAACAUUUUAAAGGGAAGUUCCAUAAUUUAUCUUCCUACAAGAAACUGAAAAAGAAACUGAAAUUCAAACAAACAUUAUUGUCGUAAGCUAAUAAAAGGAUUGGCCCAUAUCCCUUUAGCCCAUUUCAAUACAGUAAAAAUAAAUCAUGUACUAAAGACAGUCACACUAAUCAAUUCAGUUGUGAGCAACUUAGUCUGACAUUGCCAGUCUGAAUCCUAUGUCUGUCACACAUUU